UAUGUUCGUCCCGAUCAAGACUCCCCUUCCUUAUCCAACGUUACUUCUUCUUUGCCUCAAGUUCCCGUUAUCGACAUGUCAAAGCUGCUUUCUCCAGAUUCCAUGGAUUCAGAACUCGACAAGUUUCACCAUGCUUUCAAAGAAUGGGGUUUCUUUCAGUUAAUAAACCAUGGAAUGAGCAGUUCAUUGCUGGAGAAACUGAAGGCAGAGACUGAAGAAUUCUUCAAUCUGCCAAUGGAGGAGAAGAAGAAGAAGUUGUGGAAAGAACCAGGAGAAAUAGAAGGAUUUGGGGAGGCGUUUGUUGUAUCCGAGGAGCAGAAGCUUAAUUGGUCAGACGCGUUUUUUGUUAUCAGCCUCCCCACUCAUUUGAGGAAACCCAAUUUAAUCCCCAAGCUCCCUCUCCCUUUCAGAGAUACGUUGAAAGCUUAUUCGGCAGAAUUAAAAAUUCUAGCCAUGAAAAUUCUGAACCAAAUGGCAAAAGCGUUAAGAAUGGAAGCCGAUGACAUUAAAGAAUUUUUUGAAGAAGGAAUACAAGGCAUAAGAUUAAACUACUACCCGCCAUGUCCACAACCAGAGCUCGUUAUGGGCCUCAAUCCUCACUCUGACAAUGUCGGCCUCACAAUUCUCCUUCAGCUCAAUGAAAUGGAAGGCCUUCAAUUCAAGAAAGACGGCAUCUGGGUUCCCGUUAAACCCGUACCAAACGCUUUUGUCAUCAAUAUCGGGGACAUGCUAGAGAUUGUAACCAAUGGAAUUUACCGAAGCAAUGAGCAUCGAGCAACUGUGAACUCAGUGAAAGAAAGGCUCUCAGUCGGCACAUUUUAUAGCCCCAAAAUCGACGGCAAUAUCGGUCCGGCGCCAAGCCUUAUUACACCCCAAACUCCGGCGUUGUUUAAGACAAUAAGUAUGGCAGAAUAUCUGAAGGGAAUAUUUUCCAGCGAAAGGCGAGGAGGAUCAUAUCUUGAUGUAAUGAGGAGGAAAAAUGAGGAGGAAAGUGGAUAAGUGAUGUGGAAAUUGUAUCAUAAAGUUUUCGUCACUGCUGCUGGUAUGACUUCUAAAUGAGCAGCACUACAUUUACAAUUUUUUUCAUACAACAUUUUCAUACAAUCCUGA